UUAAGCAUUUAAUCGAUUGCCACACAUUUUAAUUAUUGCUACAACGCGCAAAUCCGUGGCUAAAAAGUUAGUAAAAUAUGUUUGCCGCCCACUAAACGCCACCGCGUUGAUCCCGCAGCGUUAUCAGUGUGCCCCGGUCGCCUCUAAAACGGCCCACAAGUGGCCCAAAAGUGUUUGUUUUUGCGUUUUGGCAACUACUCUGCUGGCAUAUGCAUAUCGGUGUGUGCGUGUGCGUCAGUUUCGUUUCAGUAGAGCUCGUCACGUAGCAUAAAACGCGAGAGUUUCUGUUCAAAAAGUAGUGGGAGGGGGUGAAACGGGAGCGGGAAAAGAAAAAGAAAUAAAAGCAAUGUGAAAAGUGCCGCAAAAAAACAAGAAGACAACGACGACGAGCAAAAAGAGAGCGACACAAAUUGGAAGUAGAAGCCGGAGGAGGAGCAGCAACAACACAUGAAUGGGACUCACUCUUCUGCCAAAAAUUCUAACAAACAUACAAACAUAAAUGCACCACUCACGAAUGCAGCGGACAUACAGCAACACGAAUACGACACACAGGCACACACACACCUUCAAAUAUUGUUUAAAGCGGCAGAACAGAAAGUGAAGAACAACAAAUAACAGGCCAAGAAUCUGAAGACGCAGCACAGCAUUUUAUUAAGCGCUGCAUCAUAAACAGAGCCUAGAGAAGAAGUGUCGCUUAUAUAUGAUUCCAUUUUGUCUUCUUGGAAAGCAAACUUAAGUAUAAUACCCCAUACGUUUUAAGCCUAGAUAGGACCUAACUUUAAGUUCAAACGAAGGCAGACACAGACAGCAUGUGGAAUUCCGAACCAACACAUCGCCAGCACCACCAUCAGAACCAGCACAAUGGCAAUUCUACCUCGGGCGGUCCGCCGGCCAAGCAACUGGGCAUGACCUCGGCCAUCAGCUUGGCCGAGCCACGACCGGAGGAUCUGCAGCGCACAGACGAUCUGCGUGGCUCACUGGAGCCCUACAAUGUUUUUGAGAGCCAGGACGAGCUGAACCACCGCAUGGAGAUCCUGGCCAAGCUCAACACACUGGUCAAGCAGUGGGUCAAAGAGAUCUCCGUCAGCAAGAAUAUGCCAGAGUCAGCCGCUGAGAAGCUUGGCGGCAAGAUCUACACAUUCGGCUCGUACCGGUUGGGUGUGCAUCACAAGGGCGCUGAUAUCGACGCCCUUUGUGUGGCUCCUCGCAACAUAGAGCGCACUGACUACUUUCAGAGCUUCUUUGAGGUGCUCAAGAAGCAGCCGGAGGUCACCGAGUGCCGCUCCGUGGAGGAGGCCUUUGUGCCGGUCAUUAAAAUGAACUUUGAUGGCAUCGAGAUCGAUUUGCUAUUUGCACGUCUUUCCUUAAAAGAAAUACCCGAUGAUUUUGAUCUACGGGAUGAUAACUUGCUGCGGAAUCUGGAUCAUCGCUCGGUGCGCAGUCUUAAUGGUUGCCGUGUAACAGACGAGAUCCUGGCUCUGGUGCCUAACAUUGAAAAUUUCCGCCUUGCACUGCGUACGAUAAAAUUGUGGGCAAAAAAGCACGGCAUAUACUCAAAUUCUUUGGGUUAUUUCGGCGGUGUGACCUGGGCCAUGCUAGUGGCCAGGACCUGCCAGCUGUAUCCUAAUGCUGCAGCUGCCACAUUGGUGCAUAAGUUUUUCUUGGUCUUUUCGCGCUGGAAGUGGCCCAACCCAGUGCUGCUCAAGCAUCCCGACAACGUUAAUCUAAGAUUUCAAGUCUGGGAUCCACGUGUUAAUGCCUCGGAUCGCUAUCAUCUGAUGCCCAUUAUUACGCCCGCGUACCCACAGCAGAAUUCCACAUUUAAUGUGUCAGAAUCCACCAAGAAGGUCAUAUUGACCGAGUUCAAUCGCGGCAUGAAUAUCACUGAUGAAAUCAUGCUAGGCCGCAUUCCGUGGGAGCGUUUGUUUGAGGCGCCCAGCUUCUUCUACAGAUAUCGUCACUUUAUUGUGCUGUUGGUCAACUCACAGACGGCCGACGAUCAUCUAGAGUGGUGCGGCCUGGUAGAGUCCAAGGUGCGUCUUCUGAUUGGAAAUCUGGAGCGGAAUCCUCACAUUGCUUUGGCUCACGUGAAUCCCAAGUGUUUUGAGUUUAAGAAGGGCCAAAGUGCCAAUAACUCCCAGAACAACAGUGGAAAUGAAGACGAUCUGAAACAGUCACAGGGUAAUCAGUCUGCAGUGACAUCAGCACCUUUCUGCUCCAUGUGGUUUAUCGGUUUGGAGUUUGAGCGUUCAGAAAACCUCAACGUGGACCUCACCGAGAGCAUACAGAACUUUACAGAGCACGUUAUGAUGCAUGGCGUUAACAUCAAAAUGCUGAAGGAAGGCAUGGCAAUCGAUGCCCGUCACGUGAAACGCAAACAGUUGUCUCUCUAUUUAGAUUCCGACUUCCUUAAACGGGAGCGUAAGUCUAUGGAGAGUCAUAAUAAUUUUAACAACACCUUACUGGCCAACCGAAAACGACUCUCCACGGAACUGGCACAAUCGCAGGACCCAUUGCCACCAGGUCAGCAACAAUCAGGUGGAAAUCGCGGACGGGAAAGUGGUGCCAAGAUACACAGACUCAGCGAAUCGCUGACAGAGGAGAACUCGAAUGCCUCCAGCGAUAUGGGGGCAGGAACGCCCACCACACCAACAGCGGCGCAAAUGAGUGCGCCCAACUUCAAGAGUUCGGGCAAAAACGGUUCUGAAAUGGACGUAGUGGAUCAGGAGCCAUCACAGCCACACAACAACGGCAACAAUGGUAGCACCAACAGCAACACAACCACAACGGAGGUGGCAUGUUCGUGACAACCGCCAACGCUACAUCCGCAUCCGCCGCAUCAGCAGCCACCGCCCCCGCCGCCACAGCCACCAGCUCACCAUCAUCAUCAUCAGAAGUUUCGGAAGAACAACAAUGCGGCUGCGGCGGCAGCUUCCAACAGCAUUUUCAACCAGCGCUCGAUUCUGCAUGCUGCUUCCAGUUUAUCGGCAGCUCUAAGCAUAACCGGACACAAGCGCAAGCAGCAGACGGCAACAUCAACAACCACGAUCAGCAGCGGCAAUAACAUUGCUCAUAACAACUACAACCACCACAGCAACAACAACAAUGGCGGCGGCGGCAGCAGUCACUACAACAAAACGUACUACAUUGAUGAUGAUGAUGAGGACAACAACCAACAACAACAUUUGACACCUAACAACCAAACCCAACAGCAGCAAACAUCGGUUAGAGCAGCAGCAAUAUCGACAACACCAGCAACCUCGGUCCCAGUAGCUGCGAAUGCCGCACCACCGGCACCGACAAUUUCUUGUAAGUUGCCUAAAUGUUUUACCUCGUUCUCGAACUCUCAUCCACUUUCUCCCACUUCCUUUGACACGAGACUGUUUCUGUACACUUAAGCAGCCUCUCUACUUACUAUUACGUAUCAUAUAACCAGUAUUUCCGCCAAUGCGGAAACAGUCUAACAAAAACCUACAUUUAAUUUUUAAUAUAUUACAAAUCUAAUUUACAACGCCCGAGACUAAGCUCAAAAAAUGAAGAUGAAAAAUAAACUUUUAAAAAAAGAAAAAACUCGA